CCACACACGACCACUACACCACAACCACCCCACCACCCCACAGGGAAGAAAGAGAAAAAGUCCCUACAAAUGGCACCCCCCGCCGCACCCCCCCAAACAAACAUCGUCCUCGACGAACUGGACAUAACUCCCCACCCACGCCCCUUCAAAAAUCCAAACUGGAAACCCCCCCACCGGCGCACGAAAACUCUCAAGCAGAUCCUCUCCGACGCCACACGUACCGCGGCCACCGGCGAAGGAGGCACAACGCCAGCGACGGGGCCGAUGCAAACGACGUACGCAAACAUCGAGUCGGCGCCGUCGCUGCAUCCCGCGCAUUCGAAGAAGUGGUGCGAUAUCACAGGAUUGCCGGCCAAGUACACGGACCCGAAGACGAAGCUUAGAUAUGCAGAUAAGGAGGUUUACACCGUUAUACGGAUGCUGCCGCCCGGUAGUGCGGAGAAGUAUUUGGAGUUGAGGGGGGCGAAUGUUGUGCUUAAGUGAUUGGGGGCUUACAGGUGGAAUGAGGGAUGAGGAGGGAGACAUUGCACGAUAGGGCUGGAUGUUGAUAUCGAAUUCACUGCCUGACAGAUAGUGGGAUUAGGGGGAUGUUGUGAUACGGCGGCUUGGGCCGCUAAGCGGGGAUUGGAGUGGAGCCAGGAGGGAGACCGCUCAAACCACUCAAACCCUUGAGUUUAACUUUGUGUUUUGUUAUCCGUUUAUCAUAAGGCUGGCGUA